AUGGAUCCAUUCUUGGAAAAGUUGCCCGAUGAACUACGAUCAAAGGUUAUUGGCGUAGUGAACAUUGUGCCGGAAUCACUGCCAGUCUUCGAACAGCUAUAUAUGCAUGCCUCUGAGAAUGCUGAUCAAGCCAGGAAGGUGAGGAAACUUGACGGUGAAGAAGGCCAAUUGGAAAAUACAGCUCCCGAUAAGAACCAGAUAAUUUUUUCCAUUAAGGAUGCAUCUGUCCUUUCUCCAAUACGAAAGAAGUUGAACUUCAUAUUGCAUUUGUCCCCACAGACAGGGAAACCUAUGCUAUCGUUGUUGAAAAAUGGUAAGCCAGAGUUGACGAUCAAAGACUUGAGGACAAAUAUUAAGAUGGCUACCUUCCUUCCGGUAGCUGAGAAGCAGAACUACAUUUACAUCUUUAUCAGUUACGAAAAUUCGGUUAGUGGUAAGUAUACGGAACCGAUUUUAAUGACUUUGAAUAAAAAUGCGCUACUUGAGCAGUUUAAGGAAUCUGGCCUUCUGGAUUCUUCGGUUGAUGAUUUCUCAAAUUGUGUCGAGUAUAUGAGGAAACAGGCUAUCUUAGCAGGAUUCAGAAUCUCAGACCCGUUCUUUUCCAGUCAAAGAGCAGCAAAUGAGUCUUUCCAUGUCGAGUGCCAUAGGGGAACCAAAGAGGGCACUCUGUAUUUUCUACCCGACCAUUUGAUCUUCGGUUUCAAAAAGCCUAUACUACUUUUCCAAUCCGUAGACAUUGAGGCGAUAACAUACUCUUCUAUUACAAGAUUAACGUUCAACGUAACUUUAAUCACUAAAGGCGAGCAGAAGUUCGAAUUUUCGAUGAUUGAUCAGAAUGAAUUUGCCAAAAUUGACGAAUAUGUGAAGAGAAAGCAAGUGAAGGAUAAAUCGAUGUCUGCGGAAUUAAAGGCAAAGUCGAAAAGUAAGGGAGGCCAACAGAACAACGAAGGUGACAAUGUACCUUCUGCGCUUGAAGAGGCUGCUCAGCAAAUGGAAAAUGAAGCAACUGCUCCAAAUAUCAGACUGGGUUCGGAUGAUGACGAAGAAGACGAGAAUUUUGAAGGCGAAAGUGAUUUGUCAGAUGGAAGCGGUGUAGAGUCGGAGGCUGAGGAAAAUGGCGAAGACAUUGAGCUGAACGGCGCCGAGCGUGAUGACGUGCUUUCGGAUAAUAGGCAAUUUGCAGUAGAAAAUGAACAGUCACAGACAGUGGGUAGCACCGCAGACAUCGGGUUGGAGGAUAUACCGAUAGAGGUGGACGACGAUGAAGAAGGCUCUGGCGUGGAAUACGGCUGA